AUGUCGUUCAUUUCUCCUGGGAUCCGGAGACUCGCCUUUAAGGUACCAACCGCACCGUUGAUCUGCCGCCAAUGCCUGCGCAAACAACUUCCAGCAGCUACGUCGCGGACCACACAGCGCCUCGUACGAUGGUCCAGCACCGAACCGACGCUGGGCUCUCUCAGCAGCAAGACCGCUUCAUCCGGAUCCAAAGUCCAGGCAGCCCAGAGCGCGAAGAAGUCGGCAUGGCCAGAGACGAAUUCCAAGUCAGUCGGAUACUGGCUGAUCGGCAGCGCCGUCAGCGUAUUCGGCAUUGUGGUAUUCGGUGGACUUACACGGUUGACUGAAUCUGGCCUCAGCAUAACAGAAUGGAAACCGGUGACCGGCUCCCUCCCACCCAUGUCCCAAGCGGACUGGGAAUCCGAAUUCGAAAAGUAUCGCGCAAGUCCCGAAUUCAAGAUGCUCAACUCUCACAUGGACAUCGACGAAUUCAAGAAAAUCUACUUCAUGGAGUGGACGCACCGGCUCUGGGGCCGGGUAAUCGGCAUGUCCUUCGUGCUGCCCACCAUCUACUUCGUGGCGCGGCGGCGUGUCACCAAGCGCAUGGCCCUCAACCUCGUCGGAAUCAGCGGCCUGAUCGGCUUCCAGGGCGUCAUCGGCUGGUGGAUGGUCAAGAGCGGAUUGAAGGACGACCUGUUUGCCCCGGGGAGCCACCCACGAGUCUCGCAGUACCGCCUUGCGGCCCACUUGAUGACCGCCUUCGUUUGCUAUAGCUGGAUGCUUCUGUCCGGCCUGAGUGUCCUGCGUACACGACGCAUGCUAGCCGACCCCACGGCGGCGUUGAAAUCCAUCGGAGCGCUCAAGAAUCCGGCUCUUGUCCCGCUGCGACGCUCCGUCGCCGCCCUGACAGCGCUCGUCUUCAUCACGGUCUGCUCAGGCGCCCUGGUCGCCGGGCUCGACGCGGGACUCAUCUACAACGAAUUCCCCAUGAUGGGUGUGGGCCUCACACCGCCGAAGUCGGAGCUCUGGGACAAGUGGUAUGCACGCAACGAAGACGGAUCGGACCUGUGGUGGCGCAACAUGCUCGAGAACCCCAGCCUGGUCCAGCUGGACCACCGCAUCCUCGCCACGACGACAUUCUUCUCCGUUCUGGCCCUGUUCGCCUACGCCAGAACCGGCCGCGUCGCGGCAGCGCUGCCCAACAAUGCGCGGAAGGGGGUGCUGGGUAUGGUGCACUUGGUGUGCAUACAGGUUGCGCUGGGUAUUAGCACGCUGAUUUACAUCGUGCCGAUCCCUUUGGCUGCAGCUCACCAAGCUGGUGCUUUGGCGCUGUUGACGGGGAGCCUGGUCUUAGGGCACCGCCUGCAUGUUCCGAAACAUGUGCUGGCAUCCGCUCAGAGGAAACUGAAAUCGACGACACGGUGA